AACCUCCUGGGAGCUGCUAUCCGCCGUUUGUACUCCGAAAAAAAAAGAUUCCAAACAAGGGAAAGACGCGUGAGCAAAAUGCGUGUAUACUAAUACACGCGUGAGCAAAAUGCGUGUAUACUUAUACACGCAUUAGGCAAACGCGUCUUUGUCUUGGAUUCAAAUUCCAGUCCAGAACGCUGAAUCUCUCAUUCUAACAUCUCACGCCUCCUUCUUCUCUAACUCUCAGCGACGCCCUUCACUCCCAACGUCUCUAGUCGGCGAAAAUCGAAGUGAAUCAGACAUUUUGAUGCUCUCAUUCCUAUUUUAAGUAGUGUUAGGAUUGAUGGUGUUUGUGAGUUUAUAUUGGGGUGGGAAAAUUAUUCAGCUCCCAGGUUUGGGGGUUGCUUAUGAUCCCCCUCGUGCAAAAUCAUUCAUCAUAUUGAAUGAAAUGAUACCUUAUCAUCAGCUAGUUUCAAUGAUAUGUGAAAAAAUUGGAAUUGAUUUGGAUGCACAUACGAUUGAUUUAACAUGGAGGCAUCCUGUGGCUUUUAGUGGAGUGUUGAAUUAUAUAGCUACACCAGUGGUUGAGAAUUUGUUGGAGUAUAUGUUUGCUGAAAAUCCACGUCAAAUUGAACUGUUUAUUGAAUAUACUCCUGUUACUACUACUUUGCAAUUUGAACCACCUACCACUCAUCAUGAUGUUGGAACGUCUAGGAGGGAUGAUUAUCAUAGUUUUGAUGUCGGGAGAACUAGGAGGGAGGAUGAGCAUCAUAGCUUUGAAUUCAACACAUUUGGGAGGGAUGUUGAUGACCAACUAGAUGUACCAAAUGUGACAUUUGAUGGUUCUGUUGGUUUAGAUGGUUCUGAUAAUUGUGAUAGUUCUGAUAGUUCUGAUUGUCCCCCCCCUCGAGAUGACACUCCGGAGGUGUAUAAUUCAGGUAGUUCUCAAUCAAGUGAUCAUGAUUAUAGUGCAGAGUCAUGUGAAGAUUCUACAGAUGAUGAGCCACUUGAUAUGAUGGUUGAGAACUAUAUACAACCAUCUGUUCGUGGGGAGCAACCUGUUCCCGACUAUGUGCCUGAAGGGUUACCAUUUUUUCGAUCAUUACCAUGUGAAGGCAGCCGAGGUUAUGUUUCAGAUGACCAUGGAGUGGAUGAAGAAGAUAUGUGGUAUUGGGAUGAGGAUAAUCCGAGACGUAUAGAUGUGGGAACGAAAUUUGAUAGCAAAUUGCAAUUGAAAACUGCUGUAACAUUAUGGCAUGUGGGAACAGGUCGGAUGUAUGAGGUUAUGGAUAGUAAAAAAAGAAGAUGGCAUGCAGUUUGUAGGGACCCAUUUGGUCCGAAAAGAAAAGGCGAAGAACUCGGCCAACGAUACCCGUGUAAUUGGGAGGUUAAAGCAACGUUUAAGAAACGCGAUGGUAGUUGGUCCAUCAACUCAUGGGUUGAUCGUCAUUGUUGUAUGGGAGAUCACGAUCCAAGUGAGCAUGCUAAUCUUACAUCAUCCAUGAUUGCUCUUUGUAUUCGGAGUCAAAUUGAAAACGAUGCUGAAUUCAAGCCUUCUGCAGUAGUUACAUAUAUCAAAGAUAAAUUUCACGUGAAAAUCAGCUACAAGAAAGCGUGGUAUGCUCGCACAAAAGCAAUUGAGCUUGUAUAUGGUGGAUGGGAGGGGUCAUUCAGACAACUUCCCAGCUACCUGACUGAGUUGCAAAGUCAAAAUGUUGGGACAAUCGUUGAGUGGUUUCAUGACCCUAUAUUGAGUCAAGGUAAUAAGAAGGUGUUCCGCUAUGUAUUUUGGGCAUUUGGGCCAGCUAUAGAGGCGUUCCAACUAGCAAAGCCGGUUUUAUCAGUUGAUGGGACUCACCUGCGUGGAAGACUGAGAGGUAAAUUACUUGCUGCAGUUGGUUACGAUGCAAAUAAGAACUGUUUGCCUGUUGCUUUUGCUGUUGUUGAUGAAGAAACCAAUGAGAGUUGGAAUUGGUUUUUGAAUCUUGUCAAAGUGCAUAUUAUAAAGCAAGACCAGGAAGUGUGCAUAAUAUCAGACAGACAUCAAGGCAUUAUAAAUGCCAUGCAGUCCGAUGUGUGGAAAGAGGUACCAGUUGGUUAUCACCGAUAUUGUUUAGUGCACGUCAGAUCGAAUGUGUUACAAAGACACAAAGGCCCCGGAGUGAGGAAAUGGGUAUGGAAAAUGGGUGAAGCAACUGAGGAGCGGAGAUAUUGGCAUGCGAGACGUGAAUUAGAAAAGGUGAGUCCAGAAGCUUUGAGGUACCUCGAAACCCCAUAGAUAGGUCGCAGUGGACUAUGGCGCACGAUGAAUUUCGUCGAUGGGGUGAGACAUGUACUAACAUGGCCGAGUGUUAUAACAAUGUGUUGUUAUCUACGAGAGAACUGCCAAUUAGAGCCAUUAUUGAUAUUACAUUCUGGAGGACCAUCAAUUGGUUUGUUAACAGAACGACUCUAGCCAAACAAUGUCAGACGCCUUUGACACCGUGGGCUUGGCAAUUAUUUCAUAAGAAUGACCGUCGAGGGAGACGUCACCAUGUGAAGUCUACAAGCAUAGCAGUUGGAACUUAUGAGGUGCUAACCUUUCAUAGAGGUCCGGGUAGAGGCCAUAAUAUACAUGUAGUGGAUUAUCGUGAAAAGAAAUGCUCAUGUGGAAAGUGGCAGACUUGGAGAAUGCCUUGCUCUCACGCUGUUGCGGUGCUGCGAGAACGCAGUGAUGACAUCUUUAGUCAUGUUGAUGCCCGAUACCAUACACAGGUUUGGAUUCACCAGUAUGCAGGUGCGUUCCGUCCAUUGAGACACCAAGAUUAUUGGUAUGAACCUGAAUGGACGUUGGAAUUUCCGCCAGCACGGCUACUUCCUCGAUCACGUGGUCGGUACAAAAAGGGCAGGAUAGAGAACCAAAUGGAUGAGAGUGAUGAAGAUCAGCCAAGACCUCCUCCUCGAUGCCGCCUUUGUGGAGAGACCGGCCACAAUAGAAGAAAGUGCACUUUAGGACGUGUGGUGUAGUCAUAUUAUGUUUGAAAUCAUGUUUAAGACUUGACUUAUUAUCUUUGAGAAUUGUGUUUAAGACUUGACUUAUUAUGUUUGAGACUUGUGUUUAAGACUUGACUUAUUAUGUUUGAGACUUGUGUUUAAGAGCAA